GCAGUCGCCCGCCGCCCGCCGAGCCCGCCGAGCCCGCCGCCACCCCGACCGCACCGCAGCCAUGGCCGAUGACGAGCAGUACGCGGAAAGCACGGGUCUGGAUAUGGAGCAGAUCGUUGUGCUCAGGAGAGCAUUCGAUGGCUUCGACAAGGACAAGAAGGGCUACAUCUCGCCCGACACGGUCAGCGACAUCCUCCGCAUGAUGGGUAUCAAGGUCUCCUCCACCUCACUGAAGGCCAUCAUCGAGGAAAUCGACGAGGACGGCUCCGGACAGAUUGAGUUCCCAGAGUUCUUACAGCUAUCGGCCAAGUUCCUUAUAGAGGAGGAUGAAGAAGCAAUGCUUAAGGAAUUAAAGGAAGCCUUCCGUCUUUACGACAAGGAAGGCAACGGCUACAUCACCACCCAGACGCUGAAGGAGAUCCUGCACGAGCUGGACCAGCGGCUGACGGAGGAGGAGCUGCUCGGCAUCAUCGACGAGAUCGACGAGGACGGCUCGGGCACCGUCGACUUCGACGAAUUCCUGGAAAUGAUGACCGGCUAGAGCGGGGCCGGCGAAGUGCAUUUAGAUGACGAGUUCAUGGCCAUGAUGACGGGCUAGAGCGGCCGUGGUCCGGCGGCGCGCCCCGGCCCGGCAGCCACCCUCCGCCCCUCUCAGUCUUCGUCUCCCCUCGGCCGACCGUCUCCAGUUUCGCCGCCGCUGCUGCUCUCUCGUGGGCCUCCACCGACGCCAGCCAGCCCCGUCGGCACCUCAUCUGUCGCCUGCUUCACUCGCUGCGCCGCCUCUCUCGUCUGAUCUCAUGUCGUUCUGCUUCCUCUCGCCGUGCCGACCCUUCGCAUCUUGUCUCACAAUGUGCUACUUUUUCUUCGCAAGCAAAUGUUGAGCACGUCGAGGUGUUACUUGUUUUGAUGAAACCAUCAGUGUGGACCACCUGUGGCCAAGAUUUCGGCCGAACCACGCAUCACCACGUUUUAUGUUGUCCAUUCCUCACCAUUUUUACUUAGUAGUAUUAUGUUGUGUUUGAAACCCGGUACAAUUACCUCACGUCCUCGUCACGAGCGUCGUUGCGUCCGUGAUGAGCUGCUCUCGUUUCAACGCAAUACACUGAGCACACGGGAUUA